AUGAACUUCAUGGGACUCUUCUCCAUAUUCGAGCGAAGUCUCCUCGAUAUGUUGGCGCUGUACUGUCCCUUCCUCAUGCGUAAACUUGCUCCCCGUGCUUUUCUUCCCAUCGCUACCGUCUUCUCCCCAUCUACUUCUACUACCGUUCCUCAAAUUUCUGGUGUCGGCGUCGCCUGCUCUUUGGGUCUUGGUGCCUCAUCACUAGCAAAACCUCGCCUCUCUAACAUCCUCAUCUCAUUGGCAACCCCUCGCGUAGUUAUCUCCCCUGCCGAGCCCGUCGGCGUCGGUGCCACACUCGCCGUGUCUUCUGAUGAUCGCCUACUCAAUCACCGGCCCAACGCGUGUCCUCUGGUUCACCCUGGAGGAGCUGAUACUAUCCAAUCUGAACACGACUCCGGCUCUGACAUUAACCUUGUGCUUCCUUUAGGGCAACGCGCCUCACGGGAGUUGCUUACUCUUGCUUCGCCUGAAGCACAGGUGCCGCACAGCUACCGAGAUUCAAACAGCGACGAGCAUUCCUCUCGCGCUAGCUCUACUGCAGUCGCCUCGGAUGAGGGUGACUACCAAGAGAAGAUCCUCAGUCGUGGUGUCGUUUCUUUAUCGGUAUCUCAACCCAUACCCUCGGCCGAGGUCGUCGAAUUUGUUGCUACCACAAACGAUCAUGCUGCUGUUGAGGUCCAUGAGCUCACUGACGACGAUGAUGACUGCGAAGAGCGCAUCACGCCACAUGACAGCAUCGCCAUACUUAAGAACGGCGAUACGGACUACGCGUUGCUUGGUGUUCUGGGUGAUGGCGGCUGCGGCCGCGUUUUCUUGGCUGAGACACAACACGGCGAUGUGGUUGCUAUCAAGUCCACGCACAAGUUAAAACAAUAUCGGUACAAGAAAGGCCGGGACUUACUCUUGAAUGAAAUGCACGUCAUGGAGAAGGCUACCUCGAGCUGCAGCUCUUACCUGGCUUACCUCCUCGAGUCAUGGGAAGAUAAAGACAACGUAUACUUCGUGAUGGAGCAUUACCCAGAUACCCUUCGUCAAUGUCUCAAAAGGGGCGCGAUUGAUCCCAUUGAUGCCUUUUUAUAUUGUGCUGAGAUGCUGUUCGCGCUCAGCGAGCUUCACGAGAAUCACACGAUACAUCGCGAUAUCAAGCCGGAAAAUAUCCUGAUCGCUAAAGAUGGAGGCAUUGUACUCUGUGACUUCGGUCUUGCGUACACUGCCAAGGCGAACCGCAAACUAAUUCGAUGCAAGACUUUUGGCACCGUUGGCACGCCUGGUUAUUUUGCACCCGAGAUGCUCGACGCCAAUACCCACAUCCACGGCUACAAUUGUACUGCAGAUGUAUACAGUCUGGGGCUUGUGUUCUUGGAGCUUCUCGCUGGCUUGAAACAGCCAUAUCAUCGCGCUCGCACUGCUGGGGAACAAGUCCGAUCAAUGGCCGAAAGGAAGGACGAUCUUGAUGAUCUGAUCCAGGACGUCGAUGCCCGCGAUUUGGUGCGCCAGAUGCUCAAGGAAGAUCCCAAGCUCCGUCCCACACCCCAGACCCUAAUGACUCAUCGAUUCUUUGAGACCGUGGACUGGGAUGUCAUCAAGAGUCGAGGAUACGAUCAUAUUUAUGAACCUCCUCUGCGCUUUCCUACCAGGCUCGAGACGAGCCUGUCGUUCUCUACGUUUCGAUACGGCCUUGAUUCCUCUUACGCAUCGUUUGGCCGGGACGCGGACGGGAUGCUUAUGCCCUCCGAAGAAAUCCUAGCACGGCUUCUCGCCGGCGGCGAAGACGACUUUAAAUACCCCCGCACCUGA